UUAGGACUCAUCUCAAAUCUCAAUACCUAGUCCCGACUCCCCUUUAUUUUUUAGAAUAGUACACCUUAAAAUAAAAUAAAAAUACUUUCUGUAUUAUUAUUUUUUUAAAUCUCUAGUUUCACUGCGAAAGUACACUUAAUUUAAUAUUUACUUAUACAAAGCUUACCAUAAAGAUAACAUUGAAUAAAUAGUUUUGUAGUAAUACUUUUGUAUGUCAUAAAUAAUUAUAUACAUUUAAGAACUGUACGCCAUCUGAAUUAGUUAAGUUCGUGAUAAUGUCUGAUUGCGGAGACAGUGACGCUGGUUGGAUUUUCUACAAGGAUAGACCAGAUUGGAGUGACAUUAAACCAGUGCCAGAAGAUGAUGGACUAACGCCAGUUGUUGUGAUUGCACAUUCAGAAAAAUUUGAAGAUGUCUAUGACUACUUCCGUGCCAUACUACAAAAAGACGAGAAAUCACAGCGUGCCUUAGAGUUAACUAAAGAUGCAGUGGAACUGAAUUCUGCUAAUUAUACAGUUUGGCAGUACAGACGAGAGCUAUUAAAGGAAUUGGGCACGGAUCUCAGAUCUGAAUUGGACUAUGUUGAAUCUGUUAUCAAAAUAUCACCUAAAAACUAUCAAGUGUGGCAUCAUCGACGGGUGUUGGUUGAAUGGCUGCAAGAUCCGUCCCAAGAAUUAGAUCUGACUGGUGAUGCACUGCUACAUGAUCCAAAGAAUUAUCAUGCCUGGCAACACCGACAAUGGGCCAUUAAGACUUUCAGCCUUUACGACAACGAGAUCGAAUUCGUCGACAGCCUCCUAUCCGAAGAUGUGCGGAACAAUUCCGCGUGGAAUCAGCGCUACUUCAUCCACAACAAUCACACGGGCUGGUCCGAUUUGAACGUGCAAAAGGAGAUUUGCUAUACGUUAGAAAAAAUUAAAUUCGUCAAAAACAACGAGAGCGCUUGGAAUUACCUGCGCGGAAUAUUGCUUCACGACAAACGCGGAAUCAAUGGAAACGGCGUGGUUACGUCGUUUUGCGAGGAAUUGUACAAGAACAGGUGUCGGUCGCCAUAUUUGUUGGCGUUUAUUAUCGACAUGUGCGAGGAGGCCAUUAAGAAAAAUGAGACAAAUGGCCUCCAUAAUGUCGAGAGGGCGAAGGAAUUGUGCGAUGCGCUUGCGACGAAAUAUGAUAAGAUUAGGGUGAAGUAUUGGACGUAUUUGAGGGAUCGAUUCGAGAAAUAUGUCAGUGUUAAUGGGGAGAAUUCACAAUAAAAUAUUGUUAUAUCAAG